CACCACCACCACCACCACCAACGACCUCCAUCACGCAUUCGUCAUCGCUAUCCUUCCCUUCGCUUCGCUCCGAUUGCCAUGAUCCCAGCCGGAGAAGCUCCGUUGCCCUGCUGGUAGCUACUAGGCUGUCCUCACCCUCACCUCGUCCGUCCCGUGCGCUGCCUCUCCGUCAUCGCGCGUCACCAUGCCCAGCCCAUCCCGCGACGCCAACCAAGCUCCCGGGCCGCCUUCCUUCUCAUCUUCAGCGACUGCCACGACCUCGACCUCGACAUCCUCGAUCCCGCAGCAGGCUGCCGCUGCCGCCGCCCACCAUGUGACCGACCUGCAGCCUCCCCCUUCGCCCCGGACGCACCGCGCCCUGCGCCGCCUGCAGUCCGCCCAUAGCCUCGGCGCCGCCCGUGGCCUCAACCAGCCGUCACUCAUCUCGCAGCAGCGUCGCGACCUCCAGCGCACCACCUCACCCACGCGCGACUCCGCCGCCUCCGCCGUCAACCGCUCACCGCACCGCGGCCGCGCCAACAGCGAUGCCACACCGCCACCCAUCCACCAUCUGUCAGGCGCCGCCGCCUCCGCCAAGCGCUCCGGCUUGAAGAAGCCCGUCUUCUCCCACGGCCACCUGACCCUCCAGCAAAUCAUACGCGAUGGCCCCAACGACGGUGACUUUGUCGGCGCGCUCGAGAGCGCCAGGUGGAAGGUCAUUGACGAGGGCAUCAAGAGCGCCGAGGAUGGCAUGUCAACGCUGAGGAUAUACGUAUGGAUGGUCCUUCUCGACGCCCCCAUCAUGCCCACGGACGAAUACCUCGCCCUCGUCCAUCGCGGCGCGUCUCCGGCCUACUCCAAGAUCCGCAACGAUACCUUCCGCACUCUGACGACCGACCCCCUAUUCCGACGCCGCGUCAGCGAGGCCAGCCUGAUUCGUCUUCUCAACGCCAUCGCCUGGAGGCUACAUGAUGCUAAGGAGGAUCAGCGGCAGAGCAGCCGACCGAGCAGCCGCCAUUCUUCACAUCCUCGAGAGAGCCUGACGGGGAGCGUCUCGGGACACUCCCAAGCCAAAUCCAAUGCCGGCCCCGAGCCGGGCACCUACGUGCAGGGCAUGAACGUGCUGGCUGCCCCCUUCUUGUAUGCGGCUCGCAGCGAGGCAGAGGCAUUCGUGGCCUUCCACUCGCUGCUCACGCGCGAGUGUCCGGCGUACAUCCGGGGGGCCAUGGACGGUGUGCACCGCGGGCUCGCCCUCGUUGACAAGGUCCUGGCCAUCGUCGACCCCAAGCUCAGCAUGUACCUCACGGCCAAGGGCCUGUCCGCCGAGAUCUACGCGUUUCCCUCGGUGCUGACCCUCUGCGCCUGCACGCCCCCUCUUCCCGAGGUUCUGCGGCUCUGGGACUUUCUGUUCGCAUACGGGCCGCAUCUCAACAUUGUCUGCAUCGUAGCGCAGCUCACAAUCAUGCGGGCCCAGAUCCUGCAGUCUCCCAGUCCUAACAAGGUGCUCCGAUCGUUCCCACAGCUUAACGCGGAUCUGGUCAAGAGCGUCACCAUUGGCAUAAUCAAGAAGAUUCCUGACGACGUCUACGCCGAAAUUGUCAUGCACGCUGUUUAGGGUGGCUACUCUGACGGCGGGCCAGCGCAUCAUGACUUGUAUGAUGAUGAUUUUUGUUUGUUGCAUGUACAUCUGUUUGGGAGCUUUAAAUGAUUUUUAAUGGUACUGUACGGGCAAGGACGUGGAACGGUCAACAAGAGGCACGGAAUUUGGUCAGGGCAAAGGAAAGGUUACUUCCAAGACGGGACAGGACUCUGCAGGGCAUGGAUAUUAUGAGUGGGCGGAGUUGACAAGGGAGUUGAUUUUCAUAGAUGGCGACACCUUUGUUGGACGCUUUAGCUUAAUGCGAGUACAAUAUUGUUGUGUUGCAUCUCUUUUUGG